AUGGCUGGCCGGCUUGCUAAUAGCUUCAAAUCUGCUGCGGUUUUUGCUUAUGGGUUUCUGACUCUGAUUCUGUAUGGACUUCAGGCUGUGAAACUUGGACUUUUCUUCAAACGUCCCUCUGAGAAGGAGAACUUGGAGUUGCAGUUAGCCCGCGACCGCUUCUGGAAUCUCUCGAAGGAAUGCUUCGGUCUUUCUCAUCACAUCCUCUCCCUGCGAGACGGAUUCAAAUUCCACUACCUUUGCAAUGAUUCCCCUGAGAACUCGGCGGCCUCCCAGAAACCACUAGCGAUCUUCGUCCAUGGCUUUCCUGAUAGUUGGGCCGUGUGGCGAUACAUAGUGAGCUCCAGUUCCCUUCAAUCUGCGGCUACACUGGUCGUCGUCGACUUACCGGGUUACGGAGGAAGCGAUACUCUGGACAAAUAUUCGGCGACAAACGUCUUGGAGAGCUUGACAGAGUUUAUCAUUGCCAUUAGAGCCAAGUACGGGAUAGAUACGGAGACUGGAAACAACCAGCGACGGACGAUUAUCGUAGGGCAUGACUGGGGUUGCGUUAUCUCCACGCGGCUUGCAGCUGAAGCUCCUCAGUUGGCUGACCGGUUUGUCGUCACCAAUGGGCCGGUGCCCGGUCUGGCUGCAGCGAACAUUCGUCGCCUUCUAUCCUCCUCGUCGAAAAUGUUCAAGACUUCGAUUCGCUCACCAAUCCGGUCGCGCUCGACUCUCAUCAAAGCCGUCAGGUCCCUGUGGCCUGUGUUCCGGCAAUUGAAGCGCUCGGGCUAUAUCUUUGUGAUGCAAUUGCCAAUGGGCUUUGUUACAUACUUCGGCAGCGGGGGCAACUUUUCCUUCCUAAAGGCGGUUCAUCAGACCUCCCAUGGUGAUAUCGACUUCACCGCUCGGGAUGCUGCAGAAUGUAUGGCGAGCACUAUGGGUCCGUCGACCGAAGAAUGCAAGACACGGACUGCCGCAGGCGACGAGUAUCCAGUUUCGGUGAAGGAGGAACGUGCGCUCUCUAACUUUCAGCACAUGGUUGGCUACUACCGAGAUGGGGCGGCAUUGGGCCGCUGGUGCAAAUCGGUCCAAACAAUCGCCGACCUGCAUAGCAUUGCGGGAGGGAAUGAGCUGCGGCGCAUUAGUAGUGGAGUUGGUUUGUUCGAUGACGGACCUACGGGAGCGUUGAAAGCAAGCUCCACGAUCCUCUGGGGUAAGGCAGAUGUUGCUCUCGACCCUCAGAUUUGCCUUGAUGGCAUCUCAGACUACCUGGUUUACAAUAGCGAGGUCGUCAUGCUUCCACGCUCUCGUCACUUCACGCCAUUGGAGCGCGAGAGCCGUGUGGCCAUUGAGAAGACCGUGGAAUGGGCUGUGAAGGGAGAACGAGAGGACAUUGGUGCUGUUGUUCAGGCUUGUUACCCUGAAGCCGUCGUGACUGUUCGCAAGUAA